AUGUCAUCAUCACCCGUCGGUCUUAACACGAAUGAGCCCGAAACUCUGGCGGAACAUGGCUUCAUCGAGUUGCUUGACGGUGGUAAUCAAUUCAUUUCUCGUGAAAUGUGGAUGGAAAGACCCCAGAGCGUGGUUAUCGCGACCGAAAUUCGACAGGCUCUGAAAGCGGCCGGAGUUUCUAGCAGCAGCCAGAGGAACUUCUUGCCUAUCACCAAACUGGGCGAAAUCAUCAACCACUCCGACAUUUCCAAAUUGAUAGAUGCUCUGAAGUCGUGCAGCGACUUGUCGCCAAGCGAGAAGAAGCAGCUAGUGAACAAGAUAUGCUUUGUCAAGGACAACCCUCCUUGCUCCGCCUACAAGAGGAUUGUUGCGGCGCUAAUCAAGAACGAACGUGAGGAGGACAUCCGCAGCGUUGUCAAGGAAUCAUUCAGUGAUGACUAUCUUACCACGGGCUGUUUCGACGACAAUUUCCUAUUACGAGAUGAGAGAACAGGCAGAGCAUGCCAAACAAUGCAGAAAUGGAAUCUAGAGACACGAAAGAAGUUCCGGAAGUCAAUCGACAAAUUCAAUGCCCCGGUUUUCAUGCGCCCAAGCGAUCCGGGGGUAUACCAUUAUGUACUCGACGACCGAGUGGUCCUCCCUUUCGAGAUUAUCCCCUCCGCGCAUGGAGCCAAUGGGGAUACGAUUGACCAGCUCAGCCGCAGUGGGAACGGGAGUGAUAACCAGGGCGGAUUCAGUGACAUCAAAUGUGUCAAGAUACACGCAGACCACCACCGCUUUGGUACCUAUGAUGUGCCACAUGAAGACGGCUUUUUUGCCGUCAAGACUCUUAAUUCCAGGGAAAGAAAUGAAUUUGAUAAAGAAGUCAACGUCAUGCUGCGGUUUACUCAUCCGGGAAAGGAUGGCAUCCGCUACCAUCUCAUCUUCCCUUGGGCGACUUGCAACGUCAAAACGUUCUGGAGAGAGCUUCGACCUAUUGAUCGGAGAGAUCUCUCACUCAUUCGAUGGAUUUCUAGUCAACUUUUCGCUGUCGGGGAAUCGCUAGCCUACCUCCACGACGAAAACGCUCUGAACCCGCCUCUUGACCGCCAGGAAGUGUGGGGUAGACACGGAGAUAUCAAGGCCUCAAAUUUUCUGGUAUUCAAAGAUCCUUCGCAUAAAUCCAGCAGGGGUUCAAUCUUCAUGGCCGAUUUUGGACUCUCGAGGUUCCACCGCGAGCAUUCACGGUCGCAAGUGAAGCCGGACCAUGCGUCCGGUUCCAAACGUGCUCCUGAAUCUGAUACGACAGGAGGCACUUUCAGUCGAAAGUCGGACAUCUGGACUUUGGGCGUAUUCUUCCUUGAGUUCGUGACGUGGUACCUAAUGGGGUAUGACGUGGUAUGUUAUGAUUUUCCUGCGGCACGGGAAGAAGAAGAUCUCGGAGGCACUGUUACGGACACUUUGUUUCGAAUUCGAGAAGAAGAAAACAUCAGGACAGCAACGGUCAAACCUCAGGUCACCAAAUGGAUCAAGGAUCUUCAUGGAUCGGCGGACGCAACGCACUAUGUGCACGAUCUAUUAAAUCUUAUCGAGGAGAAGAUGUUGGUCAUCGACAAAGACUCUCGGAUAAAAGCAAUCGAUCUGAAGUCGAAGCUAGAUGUCAUGCGCAAAAAGUGCAUGGAUGAUGAGAAGUACAUUACCCAAAGUUGUGGGUGCGAGAAAACGGCAAAUUGA